AUGCUCGGGCUCUCCCGUGCAUCGCUGAUCGCACCACUGCUAGCCGUAUGGCUAUGCUGCUCAAAUGCCUUCGCUGCCAAUUGCAGCUCAACCUGGAUCAAGUCCGUGGCUGAUGCUGAUAAGCUUCGUCAGGACUGUCGAAUCGUCUACGGCCACGUCGGAAUCGGUCCAUUUGCCGACAAUGGCACGGUCCAUAUCAACCUCGACGGUGUUGAAAUGAUUGUAGGCACCCUCGGGGAAUCUCCUCUUAUGCAGAGUGACGAUGUCACCCAACCCUAUUACACACUCUCCAGUUCAUCUUUGGAGGUAGUCGACGCAGUCGAAAUUGGCUACUACGAAACCAAAGUAGUAAACCUCUCGCUUCCUAGUCUCAAAUCCGUGAGGGACUACUUUGAGGUAGGGAGACGGGCCUACAAUCUCACCUACCUUGAUAUCUCGAGUCUGAAUUUUGCGCCAAGCAUUACGCUUAGCUCCCCGAAUCUCACGACUCUCCACCACACAGGGUUACGCAAUGUGACAGCCAUGAAUAUUGACGCGAUGAAAAUCGACUCGCUCGAUAGUUUGACUGAUAAUCAACUCAAUAUGAGUCAGGUUUUCAUCCAAGGCCCAUUCCCGAACGUCAACGAAAUCACUAUUGGAUUCACCUCUGCCAAAUACCUCCAGAUCGAUGACAAUUCAUCUCUCACACUAGGAGGCUCCUCGACAACGGAAAUGACCAUCAAAGAACUUUCCCUCCAUGGUAUUACAGAUCUUAAGCGUAGCGCACAGCUUAAGACACUCAAAGUUGAUACUCUGAAGCUAUCAAGCUCCAUUUCUAUCACCGAUCUUGAAAUCCCGUUCGAUGAUCUCCGCUCUCUUAAUAUCCAGCAACGAUGGGAGACCCAUCCUAUGAAAUCUAUCACUCUUCCCCCCAAAGCCGUGGAUUGGGCAGGUGGCUUUGACCUCGACAUUGUCGGUGCGCCCGAUCUGAAUUUGACCUCGAUUUACGGUGUCAACGACAAAGGCAAUCGCGUUCAAACUUGGUACUGGCCAAAGAAUGUCUCACGUAUUCAGAUCUCCGACGUUACUGUAGGAAAUUCAUUCUUUGAUCCUUUUGUCGCCCAGCAGAAGGGCCCUUUGGACAGUCAAGUUCCUCCUUCGGUCGUGAGCUCCUUCGGAGUUACUCCAGCAGUCAACUCUAGUUUUAGCUGCACACCAUUCGUUGAGCUCCAGAGCAUGGGUCGUUUGCCGGACGUUCUAUUCAUGUGCGACGAUUCCGAGCCGCCUAGCAGUGGCGCUGUUCCUGUCCAUCUACCAAUUCCGCUAAGCCUUGUCAGUGCCGUGCUUGGGAUCUGCAUCUUGCUGCUAUAA